UUUUGAACGGUUAGAAAUAUCUAAAUCUGAAAGUUAUAAAAAAAAUGCACAAAAUAAGUAAAGCUCCAUUAUGAAAAGUAGUUGGCAUAUAAGUUGACUCUGCUUUCUUCCGUGUUCUAAAGACUAACAAGUGUAGUGUGCCUUUGCGUGCCUUGAGGUAUUAUAGAAAAGUUUAUAGCAAAAAGUUCUAAUGCACGAUACUUAUGUGCUUAAACAAUUUAAUUGAAUUUCAAUUAAGUUUAAAAUGAUUCUUACUUACGCAAAAACUUUAAUGUUUUUGUUGAUGUCGUAUGCGAUGGCCGAAACGGAAGUUGGCGAGAAUGAUCUAAAUGAAGUAUCUGACCAGGUUUACGGUGUCAAAAUAAAUAAAUGUUGCGAACUUAACGAGAUCAUGGUUGACUCUGUGUGCAGAUUAGCGGAACUGCUUAAUCAAAGUAUGUGGGAGCCUCAGUUCAAGACAGAAGACGGUAUAGCUGCUGCAUUGAAAUAUUUUAACUAUGUUACUGGAGUGCCGGACUGCGCCACAACACAACAGAGGCCUAUAUUUGAUUUAGGAAAAUCUGAAGAUGAACUAAAUUUAUUAACUGAUGGAAGACUACAGCAUCUGAUACACCAUUUGCAUAGCUCUGAUCAAAUUAAGGAUGAUCCACUGAUAACAAAUACAUAUAGUAUUCACGAAGCCAUUGCUAUUCCUGAAGUAAAGGAACCAUCAUCUUAUAUCCAUGAUCAAGCCAAAUAUUGCAUGGAUAAGAUUAUAAUAACAAGUUCAAACAUAACUGGUCAAUAUGCAUUAGUGUGCGUACCGGAAGUUAUAAUAAAUUGGAAAGAAACAAGUUUUCUCAUGAAGAAAAUAUUGAAUCCUCUUUUCCACGCCAUUGCCAUGGUGUUGUAUCUGUUAGUGGCCAUUAUAUACUUUGUAAUACCAACACUACGUGACCUUGCAGGAAAUAUUAUAACUACUAUUAAUAUUUGUUUGAUAGUCAGUCAAGCUGCUGAUCUGGUCAGGAUUUUUACUGAAUUGAGCAAUCAUGUUAGUUUUAUGGUUACUGAUAUUAUUCUAUACAUCAGCCUUUUGGGAGCAUUCUUCUGGCUAAACAGUUUCGGAUUUUACAUUUGGAAGACGUUUAAGUCUAGGAAUGUUUUCUUGCGUGUAACAGACGUGCGUAAAUACUGUUAUUAUUCGAGCGUAGUAUGGUUUGCCGUUGGAGUUAUGGCCGCGAUGGCGAUCUGUGCACACUUCCUAUUGGACUCUGGCUCGAACCCAUACAAGAAGAUGAGACUCUCUAACACUAUAAUACUUGAGGAUAUUGAGCAGGAAACUAUAGGGUGGCUGGGCAUCGCUGUGUUUUUUACGCCGGUUGCGUUUACAAUAAUAUUUAACCUUUUCUUUUACGUUACGACGCUUAAAGUUAUCAAACGGAUAAACAUAUAUGGAAGGAUACAUUACAAGUUAAAAGGAUGUUUUGACCUAUUUCUGCAAAUCUUCUUAAUAAUGACAACAGCAUGGCUAUUCCUUUUGCUAUCGUGGCUUAACUUCGACGGCUUGUUCUACGCACACAUAGUCGUAAACUUACUGCAAGCUAUACUGAUCUUCUAUGUGUGCGUGGUCAGGCAGUCGCAUGUGACAUUCUUGCUGAGGAAAAGUUGCUGUUACGCCGAGCCGAUACCCACUGGUGAAUGGGGAGAUGAAAUGACGCACAUGAAUGGUGGGAAUUAUUGAUUGGCCCGUGGAGUUUUACGAUUUAUUGGUUGGAAAUGGCUGCUGUUGAAACUCAAGUUCGAGACUACAGAAUUCGUGGUUAGUGCUACACUUAUAAAAUGUAUAUGUGGGCGGAUGCCCGAUAUGAGUGGAUGUUCAGAUGAAUCGGUGUUUUGAUUUACAACUUGGAUGAUGCCUCAUUAGUGCAUUUCGUUGCGUCUUAAACACAGCCUGUAACGUCGUUGUAACCCGUAUUGCAACGACGCCACGCUUCAAUGUGUCAUUUCAUUUGAAAUGUAUGAAAAACGAAGCUGCGCCGACGCAAUACAAAGGAAGAGGCAUCGCCCUUGAAAGUUGCUGUAUUGUCUGAUGAUUUAUCAAAAUCACAGCUAAAUUAGGCGGUGAAUUAUUAAGUAAUACCUCCGCCUAGUAACGAGAAAUAAAAUUACCUACUGUUAACUUAAGCACCCGUGCAUCUUAACACCGACUAAUAUCGGACAUAGUAACAUUAUUUUGUAAGGUGAGGGUAGGCAGAUAAAGUUGAAGAUAGUAAUUUAGUUUCAUUUUGGUAUUGCUUUUAUGGCCACCUGGUUCAAACUAAUAAAAAACAAAGUAAAGUAUAAACAUAAAACAUAAGUUUUAAGAGAAGUAUUUUUAACUAUGGUCUGACUGCACUUUACAAAUUUUCUAUCAGUUAUAGAAAAUUGGUGAUUCAGGAAUUUUCAAAAAAUACAUGGUUUCAUAUCGUGCCUUAUAAUAAUAAUGACAACGAUAAGUGCAAAAAAGCGCGUAUUUUCCUAUAAAAUAAGUGGAAAAAUUGAUAUUAUCACUAAAAUUGUUAACACGAGAUUAAAUGUAUACAAUGUAAAAUCGUAUAAAAAUUAUUCUUAAUUUGUAAGUGUAUUUUGCUAUGCGCUUUUUUCUUGUCAUUUUGAAUUAAAAAAGUAUUAUCCUUUCUCUAUAUGGAUACUCGUUUAACGAAUUUCAAAUGAAAUACAUAAAAUAUGUUUUUAUCACACUUGCUCGUAACGUGGACCUCAUUACAUCGAUAUGAGGCUGCUAAUGAUCCAAUGGACACGCGUGUUUUAUUUAAAAUUAUCGUUCUUGUGCUUUAUUUAUGAUGACCCGAUUAAGUUCAGUCUGUACUCACUGCAAGUUAUUUGUAUAAGGAUGGAUGCUGGCUGUACAUCGGUUUACCUUGGCGCGCGGAAAAAAAAACCGUCGCGCCAUUUUCCGUAAUGAAUAUUAUGUUAUUAAUUAUUAAAAACGCUUUUUAGUGUAUUAAUAAUUUGAAAUUGAAAAGUAGUGCAAUAGAUAGUAGAUUUUACACCGCCGGGCAUAAUAAUCGUGGCACAAAUCGGGAGUAAAUAACCUGUUUCAACCAAAAUCUAGAGAGCUGCCAACAGAACUUUCACGCAGUGGAAAAGCAGCCAAAAAAGGGUCAUUUAUUUUUUUGAGAACAAAUUUAAAAGUUUAUCCUGUUUUUGCAAGUGUGAUGAAAAUCGUCGAAUGAAACGUGUAUGGUAUAUUGUUAUACUCUCUGCUUACUUAGUCCGCUCGCUUUUAGCACAUGCGCCUAAUGCGUCGACUGUUAAAUGUAAUAUAACCAUACUUGGUGCAUAAACGAUUGCUAUGAUUUUUGACGCUGUAAAAGAAGUAAUUGAUAAAUUAUUUUGUUAAUAUAUAUCAUACAUUUGAUAAUACGAUUUAACGCAGUUUUACCUUCACUCAGCUAUAGUUAUGCUUGCGGAAAGUGUUUCAUUUUCCGGAAUAAAAUAUAGUCCAUGGUUUAUAAUUCAGGCUAUCUUCAUUAAGUAAUUCAAUCCAUUUGCCGGUUCAGACAUUGCGUCCUGAAGGAGUUGCAAACAUCCAACCAAACAAAUUUAUAUAAUUUUAUAGCAUUCCUACUAUACAGUAGAAUAAACUUCUACUAGUAGAAUUUCAUUGCGAAUUUGUGAGGGGUUAUGUUUCUAAUUCUAGGUAAAACUGCAGAAAAUCAUGUCGCUCGUCGCUUACUUUUCAAUCAAUCGUCGCUUACUUUUCAGUACUGCAAUACCGCGCAAGUGGAAUUACCAAAGUUUUCGGGGCAACAAGAAACACUCUUGCACAUUACUCUUAAAGUGCUUUUUAAGAUAUAAACAUAAUGCGAAUAACUUUUACGAAUAUCUGUCAUUAAAAUACAAUAUAAUAACUUUUCUACAAUAUAAUUUUUUUUAUAAUUCUUAGUUAAAAUAAUUUGCUUUAAAAUAUUCUUUUUCUAUUAUUCACGCGAGUUUUGUAUUAAAUUAUACGAGAGCUGUUUAUUGUACCUCCUAAAACAUACACUUAAUUGCACGGUAUUGUUAGCGAAGCGACAAUAAGUAAAAGUGCUUUGUGCCGAAUGGAGUUAAGUUUCGCAUGAAUAGUCCCAAUCAAAUGAGCAAAAUACCAGAUUUUCCGUAUAAUGCAUGCCUCCACUCCGUUCCGUUAGAGAGAAACGCUACGAAAGGAUUAAUUUUAUGACAUCUGCACUCUUAAUUAUUAAUGCCAAAAAGAAAAAUAUUAUGUAUAUAAUUGAUUGAUUGUGAUUCCAUAGUCAAAUGUGCCUUAGAAUAGAUAAAACGAACAGUAUUGUGCUAAGCAAAUAGAACGAUCGAUUUACACGGUCCUAUUCGUUGGUAGUUGCAAAAUGUUUAUCAGAGCCUGUCACAAGCUUAUUCACUUAGAUAUAUUAAACUUAAGAUAGAUAUAUUAAACUUAAGAUUUAUUUAGAAUAAAAAGGGUAGCAUUAGACUAUAUUCAUAUUUACCUAAAUCUGGGGGCUUACUUGCUUCAAGCAGUAUUAUUUUUAAUGUUUUUUUUUAUAUUGACGUCUCUAAAAGAAGUUAAAUAAUUAUGAAAAAAGUAAAAAAAUAUUCAAACAAUACUGGUUUAAGCAAUGGCUAGCAAGCCCCCCUGAAAUAGUUUAUUUUAAUAGGUUUGGUUUUCCUAAUUGGUCGCAUAAUACGAAGUUGUUUAUGUGCGCAAAGCACGGUAUGAUUUCAUUCUUUCACGAAAAUAUAUGUCAUUAUAUACAACUACGUGUACAUUAGACUAUAUUCAUAUUUACCUAAAUCUGGGGGCUUACUUGCUUCAAGCAGUAUUAUUCUUAAUGUUUUUUUUUAUAUUGACAUCUCUAAAAGAAGUUAAAUAAUUAUGAAAAAAGUAAAAAAAUAUUCAAACAAUACUGGUUUAAGCAAUGGCUAGCAAGCCCCCCUGAAAUAGUUUAUUUUAAUAGGUUUGGUUUUCCUAAUUGGUCGCAUAAUACGAAGUUGUUUAUGUGCGCAAAGCACGGUAUGAUUUCAUUCUUUCACGAAAAUAUAUAAGUCAUUAUAUACAACUACGUGUAUGCGAUCAUAUGUAAAGUGUGAUCAUAUGUAUUACAAACGAGACGAUUUAUAAACGUACUUGUUUGUUUAGUUUUCUAUAUAUUUCCCUAGUGUUAGAUCUGAAUGUAACGUGCUCCGCGACAAUUCAUAUGCAAAAGAGUGAAUGUGAGUCGAUAAUAUCAUGAAAAAAGCGUCAGCGUUGCAACGCUAUGAGCUAGCUAAGCUUAUGCUGCUAACACAUUCACCGAUCGUCUCGAUGAGAUUACGCUAACAAAUCGGCAGAGUGAUACUGAUAGAUUGCGCAUUUAGAUUCGGCGCCAAGUUUAGGAGAAGGUAAUAAAAUGAGCAGCGAAACCAUUUAAUGUUGUAUACAAGUAUUAAUUUUGUACACAAAUAUCAAUGUUGUUCACAAGUAUUAACGUUGUUCACCAGUAUUAACGUAUUACACAAGUCUCUUAUCGAUAAUCUUCAAUUAAAGUUAACCUUGUCACAAUGUUCCUCGUGGAAAGGACAGCAUUAAUUUAAGAUUUGACAGUUUAGUAAAACCUAUGAACCGUGAGAACAGCGCGUAAACGGCGUUAUUUGUAAACGUAUUGUUAAAUUUGCGUACACUUUUACGCGCACAAAUUAGUAAACAGGGCUAAUUUAGAUUAAGUUAACAAUACUAUAGUUUGUAUUCUAUAGUAAACGAACUAAACUAACAUAUUGAGAAGAUUAACAGUUUUUGACACUUAUUUAACAGUUCUGAUAUUCUUUUGCGUACACAGUUUUGCGCCCACAUAUGAAUAAAAAGGGCCUAAUUCAGCUUAAGACUGUUUAAUCACGUAUUUUUUAAUUUAAGCAAAAUAUAAUUUUUUUUAACAGUGAUGAUUAAUUGAUAUGAAUUUAAUGACAGUAAUGAUAUGAUUUUGUGGUAAAACCCAUAUGGAGUUCUCGAGGGUUUUCCAGAGCAUCCGGAUCAAUAAUAAUGAUGAAUUUAUGAACAACUAUGGUGCAUAUUCUUCUGUACAGUGUCAUUAAGUUCUCAAAAGAAACAAAAGAAAACACAAGAAGUGUUUGCUCUGAGUGAUUUACUCCAACUGAAUCUGCACUAUUGUAAUGCGAUCACGUUAAUAUUAUUUAGGAAAACUGUAGUUGCUAUGAUGUUUUCAUUUCAGUGUCGAAUGUUCAGUAGACUUACAUAACACUAAAAAGUCGUUUGAAAAUUUACGCUGCAUUUCUUAAAAAAUCAAAUAUGUAUUUAAAAAAUCUCAUUUUGUAUUUUAUAAUCUCUUCAA